AGGACUCGAUCCAGGGACUCCAGGAUCAUGACCCGAGCCGAAGGCAGUCACUCAACCAACUGAGCCACCCAGGUGCCCUUAAAAUGUACAUUUUAACAAUUUCUAUUGUAUUCUUUUCGUCAUUGUUAAUUUAACACGUAGGGAGGCACAGCCGAUGGGCCGGUGAGCCGGGCACCCACGGAUGUGCUUGAAAUCUCUUCACCCAUGUAUUGCUCAAGGCAAAACAUCCACUGCACAGAUGAGGAAGUUGAGGCCCAGGGAGGCCGAGGCCCUGGAUCUCACCCACCGCGGACCUGGACUAUGAGUCUCGUCAUUCUGGCCCUCAAGUUCACGUUCUCGGCCUGGCGCCUGUGGUGGGAGUGAGGUUAGGGACCACGACGGUCAACAUCCUCCCACUUCAAAGACGGGAAACUGGGGGAACAGGAGGGAUAUGAUUUGUUUGUGUUUUUGUCUGCCCUGUGGUUGACGACCUCGGCCCUUUUGUGGGGAAUGUGACCCUGAGCUGUUUCUCUAAGUACACGGAAGGCGGGAGGAAUAUUUAUCUGUCUUCAAGGCUUUGCAGAGAGCAGAGAGAGGGGGCUGGUAUACAUUUGGAGGCUGGGAGGCGGGUAGCAGGCAGUGGGUGCUCCCUGAGGAUGACCCCAGAGGGCCCCCCGGGGAAGUGAGAGUGAAGACCUCCAGGCCUUCAAGGUCAAACUGCAUGCAGGUCUAGCUUCCAGGAACAGAUGGCAUUGAUAAACUGGGGUUGGUGACACUGGGUCAACUCUCCACCCACCUUCCUUUGCUGCCCAGUAAUUUUGGGAUGUGUGAGUCAUGGGAAGAAUACAGGACAAACACACCCUUAGAGUACGAAAAGGCCACUCCUGUUUUCCCCUGGUUAUUAAGAUUGGCUGGGGCCCGUGAGGUGGCAGUGCUGAGAGGCAUCCCUUAGGAGCCUCGGCAAGGGGGACGAACUUCCAGGAAUCCACCAGCUGCCAGACGCCGGGAGAGACCCCCAGACCUCCCGGGUCCUGGCUGUGAGCCCGGAUCAGGCUUCUGAGUGGCAUCUGGUCAAGAUGAGGAUCCUCUUACAAGAGCCGGUGUCCGGGGCCUGGAUGGAGAACACUUCUCUCAGCUACGAGUACGCGGACUACGACGGGGUUCCGGAUCUGCCCGUGGACUGCGCGGACGGCCUCUGCGUCUCCACCGACCCGCUGCGCACCGCCCCGUUCCUGCUGUACGCCGCGGUCUUCCUGGUGGGCGUGCCCGGCAACGCGAUGGUGGCCUGGGUGACCUGGAAAGAGGCCCGCCAGAGGGUCGGCGCCGCCUGGUUCCUCCACUUGGCCGCGGCGGAUCUGCUCUGCUGUGCGUCUCUGCCCCUCCUGGCGGUGGCCAUCGCGCGCGGGGGGCACUGGCCGUACGGGGCGGCGGGCUGUCGGGUCCUGCCCUCGGGCAUCCUGCUGUCCAUGUACGCCAGCGUGCUCCUUCUGGCCGCUCUCAGCGCCGACCUCUGCCUGCGGGCCCUCAGGCCCAGCUGGGGGGCGGCGGCGGGGCGGGCGCGCGGGGUGCAGGUAGCCUGCGGGGUCGCCUGGACCGUGGCCUCGCUGCUCACCGUGCCCUCGGCCAUCUACCGCCGGCUGCACCAGGAGCACUUCCCUCGCCGGCUGGCGUGUGUGGUGGACUACGGAGGCUCCGCCGUGGUGGAGAACGCGGUGACCGCCACCCGCUUUGUUUUUGGCUUCCUGGGGCCGCUGGUGGUCGUGGCCAGCUGCCACGGGGCCCUUCUGUGCCGCGUGGCCCGACACCGCUGGCCACUGGGCAUGGCCGUAGUGGUGGGGUUUUUUGUCUGCUGGACCCCCUACCACCUGCUGGGGCUGGUAAUCACCGCGGCUGCCCCGCACUCCGCGCUCCUGGCCGGGGCCCUGCGGGCUGAAGCGCUGGUCAACGGCCUCGCUCUGGCUCACAGCUGCCUCAACCCCAUGCUCUUCUUGUACUUCGGGAGGACUCAACUGCAAAGGUCACUGCCAGCCGCCUGUCGCCGGGCCCUGAAGGAGUCACAGAGCAAGGAUGAAAAUGCGGUCAGCCAGAAAUCCACCAGCCAUGAUCUAGUCUCGGAGAUGGGCGUGUAGGCUAGAAGGAAACUGGUUUGUGUGAGUCCAUCCGAUUUCGCAAGGCUGGCUUCAGGCAUAGCUGGAUCCAGCAGCUCAAUGAUAUCAUUUCUUUAUUUAUUCAUUCAACAAGCAUUCAUUACGCACCUCCUAUGUGUAAGGCCCUAUUAUAGGCACUGGGGAAGUAGCAGUGACUAAAACAGACACAAAUCCCUGCCCUCAGGAAACGGACAUUCUAUUGGAGGAAGACAGGCAAUAAGCAAAGGAAAAAGAAAUAUGGAAUAUAUCAAGUGGUGACAAGUGCCAACCUAAAGGGGACAAAGGGGACUGAGUGGGGCAGGGAUUUAGGUAAGCUAGGCAAGGCCCAUUGGGUAAGGUGAUAUUUGAGCCAAGACCUGAGGAAGGGAGGAAGGAGUCAUGCUUAAAUCUGGCAGAAAAGCAUGUCAAGCACAGGGAGCAGCAAGUACAAAGGCCCUGAGGCACAAUAUGCUUGGCACAUUUCAGGAAGAGUGAAGAGGCCAAUGUGAAUGAAGCAGAGGGAGCAAGAGGGAAAGUGGAGUGAGACGAAGGGAGAGAGGUGGUGGGGGGCUGGGUUUGAAAGCCUUCCAGGCCAUAGCAAGUGUUUGGAGAUCCAUGGCAGUGUUCUGAGCUACUGUUAACAGAUAAAAUAUACAACACCAAAUUAAAUUUGGGUUUUGGGUUUCAGAUAAACAACAAGAAAACGGGGUUUUUUGUUUGUUUGUUUGUUUUGUUUUGUUUUUUUAGCAUGAGUAUGUCCCAUGCAAUAUUUGAAACAUACUUCAAAAAAUUAUAUGUUGUUGGGGGUGCCUGGCUGCUCAGUCUGUAGAGCUUGUGACUCUUGGUCUUAGGGUUGUGAGUUUGAGCCCCACAUUGGGUAUAGAGAUGACUUCAAAAUAAAAUCUUUACUGGUGUCUGGGUGGCAUAGUCGGUUAAGCGUCCAACUCUUGGUUUCCACUCAGGUCAUGAUCUCAGGGUCAUGGGAUCAAGCCCCGAGCCAGGCUCUAUGCUCAGCAUGGAGUCUGCUUAAGACUCUCUCUCCCCUCCCUUUGCCCCUCCCCACGGCUCGCUCUCUCUCUCAAAUAAAUAAUAAACAUCUUAAAAAAAUAAAAUCCAAGGGGCGCCUGGGUGGCUCAGUUGGUUAAGCGACUGCCUUCGGCUCAGGUCAUGAUCCUGGAGUCCCAGGAUCGAGUCCCACAUCAGACUCCCUGCUCAGCAGGGAGUCUGCUUCUCCCUCCGACCCUCCUCCCUCUCAUGUUCUCUGUCUCUCAUUCUCUCUCUCGCAAAUAAAUAAAAUCUUAAAAAAAAUAAAAUAAAAUAAAAUAAAUUAAGAAAUAAAAAUUAUUUGUUUAUCUGAAAUUCAAAUUCAAAUUCAAGAGAGCAUUCUGUAAAUUUUUUUUUUCCUAAAUCAGGCAACCCUAUUCUGAGCAGAGAAAUGUCUUUUUUUUUUUUUUUUAAAGAUUUUAUUUAUUUAUUUGACAGAGAGAGACACAGUGAAAGAGGGAACACAAGCAGGGGGAGUGGGAGAGGGAGAAGCAGGCUUCCUGCUGAGCAAGGAGCCCAACACGGGGCUCCAUCCCAGGACCCUGGGAUCAUGACCUGAGCCAAAGGCAGAUGCCUAAUGACUGAGCCACCCAGGCACCCCAGAGAAGUGUCUUGAUCUGACUUAGAUUUUAAUAGGAUCCCUCUAGUUGCUGGUGGGGACUAGACUAUGGGGGUGUGGGGGAGGGACAUGAGGAUCUUCUGCUUUAGCAGAGAGACUACUGCCAUGGUCCGAGCAAGAAGUGAUGUUCACUUGGGUCAGGGUACUAGCAGAGGCAGGUGAGAAGGUGACAGAUUAUGGCUCUGUUUUGAAGGAAAGGCUAUGUCCUAGCUCCUUAGCUUGGUAGUCGAGGCUUCUCUCUGCCACUGAACACAGUUACGUUCUAGCUGUGCAGACCAUUGUGGCGGACGGAAUAACGGCCCCCUAAUGAGGUCCACAUCCGAAUCCCCUGCACCUGGGAAUAUGUGACCAUACAUGGCAAAGGGAACUUCGCAGUUGUGAUUAAGGGUCUUGAGGUGGGAAGAGGAUCCUAGAUUAUCUGGGGGGGCCCAAGGUAAUCACAAGGGUCCUUAUAAGAGGGAGGCGGGAGGGUCAGAGUCAGGAGCAGGAGAUUUGACAGUGGAAGCAGAUAUCAGAGUGAUGGGAGGAAGGGGCCACCGGCCAAGGAAUGCAGCCCCAGAAGGGGCCUGCCGACACUUUGAUUGUAGAUGCCUGACCUCCAAAACUUUAAUGGAGUAAAUCUGUACUGUUCUUGAGUCGCUAAGUCUGUGGUCACCUUGUUACAGCUGUCACAGGAGACCAGGACAGAUCCUCUGGGCUGUAUCAUUUUCAUGCCUCUAGGCCUUUUCUCAAGCUGGUGCCACUGCCUAGCGUGCCCUUCGGAUCGGUGCUGCCCUAUCUGGUAAUCACCAGCUGUCGGUUCCUCUUUGGAUGCAAAUGAAUUCAAGUAAAAAAUUGAGUUCCUCAGUUGCACCAGCUGCUAGUUCGAAGCUCAAUAGCCCAGUGUCGCUCGCGGCUGCCAUACGGGGUGGUGCAGAUACAGAACCUUUUCAUCACUUCCGGACGUUUUACGAGACAGGGCUUCUCGAGGAUCUCACCCGCUCACAUCUUGAAGUCAUUGUAGUGGCACCUGAAUGUAGGGUCAUUACUACAGGACUGCAUCUUCCAUAGAAUUUCCCCUUUAAGAUAAGUCCUACCCCAACACAGGGAAGUAAGGGGAGAUGCUUCCUUUUAUAAGACGAGGCCCAGAGAAGGGAGGUCAUUUGCCCAAGAUCACCCAGCAAAGAAAUUAUAGAACUGAGAUUUGAUCCCAUGUUCACUUGACUCUAGUGCCCAUGCUCUUAUCUCUGAAAUCUUCCGUCCUUAUUUUGCUCAAAUGACACUUUCUCCAGGGAGUCCUCUCUGAUUCAUUCCCCUCCGAGGGAGAGAGUAGUGUUCUCUUCUCUGGGUUAAGUUUCUGGAACACAAGUUCCCAGGUACGCUGUAAAUUCCCCAUGGGCAAUAUCUGAGCCAUUUUUAUUUUUAUUUCUUCUCCACCCAUUCCCAGGCCUUAGAAAUAACAAAACUAUCUUUAUUUGUCUACAUCCAGUUUUCCAACUAGACUGUGAGCUCCCCAGUGAUGAAGCUCUCUUUCUUGCUAUCUCUUCUUUUAAAAAAAAAAGAUUUUGUUUAUUUAUUUGACAGAGAGAGAGAGAAAGCAUGAACAGGAGCAGGGGGAGUGGCAGGGAGAGAGAGAGGGAGAAGCAGGCUCCCCGCUGAGCAAGGAGCCCAACACAGGGCUCAAUCCCAGGACCCCUGGGAUCAUGACCUGAGCCGAAGGCAGACACUUAACUGACUGAGCUACCCAGGCGCCCCGAUAUCUCUUCUUUCUAUUUCUGGUAUAGGUACACAUAGUAGGUCCUCACCAAUACAUAUUUUAGUCCUGGGGUUUUAUUCAGAAUUGACAUGCAUGAGUUAUGAAGACCAAUCUCCCUUGUAGAAUGAAUUAUGUCCUGGGACAAUUUACAGAGCUUUAUGAACAGCUGGGGGAAAUCCUGUUGUUAAUCCACUGGGGCCAGGUGCCAUUUAAGAGAGCUCUUCUUCAAUACAUUUAUAAAAAGUCUUUUGUGGUUUUUUUAAAAUUUAUUUUCAUUUAUUAUUGCAUCAGCCUUACUUUUUUUUUUUAAAGAAGAAAUCAAUUUCACAGAAGCUUUCAAAUGUAACGCUUUUUUAAAAAUUUAUUUUAUUUUAUUUUUUUUAAAGAUUUUAUUUAUUUAUUUGAGAGAGAGAGAGCACAUGAGAGGGGGGAGGGUCAGAGGGAGAAGCAGAGUCCCUGCUGAGCAGGGAGCCUGAUGCGGGACUCGAUCCCGGGACUCCAGGAUCAUGACCUGAGCCAAAGGCAGUCGCUUAACCAACUGAGCCACCCAGGCGCCCUAAAUUUAUUUAUUUUAGAGAGAGUGCACAAGAGCGGGGGGAGGGACAGAGGGAGGAGAAGAAUCUUCAGGCAGACUCCCCACUGAGCAUGGAGCACGAUGCAGGCCCGAUCCCAGGACCCAGAGAUCAUGACCCGAGCAGAAAUCAAGAGUCAGACUCUCAAUCGACUGACCACCCAUGUGCCCCUUAAAUGUAUUUCUGUGGAAUUUGGUCAUUAAAAAUAAUCUUGCUUUUUGUUUGUUGUAA